AUGAGCACUGAGAUACCUUCCAACCUAAUCAAACAUGCAGGGCAGACAAGCAUUCCAUCUCUCAAAAAUAUAACAGAUUUUUCCUUAAAUAUCACUGACUGCAACCAGGUCGUGGUGCCAGAAGAAGUCUUUUUCACUGUUGCUGCUGCUGGCAUACUAGAAAAUCUACUUGUCCUUGUCGCUGUCAUCAGAAAUAAGAAUUUGCACUUGCCCAUGUACUUCUUCAUUUGUAGCUUAGCCAUUUCAGACAUGUUAGGCAGCUUGUACAAAACUCUGGAGAACAUCUUUAUUAUCUUGUGCAAAAUGGGGUACCUGACACGUCGUGGGGACUUUGAGAAAAAGCUGGAUGAUGCCAUGGACUCCAUGUUCAUUCUGUCGUUACUGGGGUCCAUUUUCAGCUUGCUAGCUAUUGCAGCAGACAGAUACAUCACUAUCUUCUAUGCUUUGCGGUACCAUAAUAUAAUGACAGUACGAAGGGCUUUGGUCAUCUUGGCAAUCAUUUGGACAUUCUGUGCUUGCAGUAGCAUUGUCAUUGCCCUCUUCUCCCAUGAAAUCGCUACAGUCAUUCCCUUCACCAUCCUGUUCCCUUUAAUGAUGUUUUUUAUACUGUGCCUCUAUAUCCAUAUGUUCCUCCUAGCCCGAUCUCAUGCUAAAAAGAUUGCCUCGCUGCCAACCAGCGCAGUCCAUCAGAGAACGAACAUGAAAGGAGCCAUUACACUGACUAUUUUCCUUGGAGUCUUCCUUUGCUGUUGGGCCCCCUUUGUUCUUCACAUCCUUUUAGCAAGAUUUUGCCCACACAACCCUUACUGUGCCUGCUACAUGUCCAUUUUCCAUGUGAAUGGGACCCUCAUAAUGUGCAAUGCGAUCAUCGAUCCUAUGAUUUUUGCAUUCCGAAGUCCAGAAUUACGAAGCACAUUUAAGAAGAUGUUUUGCUGUGCCAGGCAUAACUGGAACUGGUAG